AUGAUGUUUCGGUGGACGAUAGGACGGUCCAUUAAAGGGAUUUUACCAUCAACACAACAGCAAUCAUCAUUGGUUGCAUCCCAUGUGAGAUCAUACAAUUUUCUGAGUGCAUUUGCACAACAAAGAUUUGCUUCAACAGUGGGAGCCACAGAGAAGAGAAAUGCCAAUGAUUCCUUAGGAAGAAGAGAAGCAGAUGUUACUGAGUUGGAAAAGCAAGAUGAGUUGACAAGAAGACAGCUAGAACUUUCCAAAGAGAAGGUGGCCAUGAAAAGAGUGAAACCGACAUCGCCAGGUAUAAGAUGGUGGAGAAAGCCAAUAUAUCCGUAUCUUUGGAAAGGCAAGCCAUAUAAGCCCCUUACUAUGCGAAAGGUUGACUCUGCGGGAAGAAAUAGAACUGGUAGAAUCACAGUUCGGCAUCGUGGAGGUGGUCACAAAAGAAGAAUUAGACUCAUUGAUUAUGAAAGAAUUAUGCCAGGACGCCAGAAAGUGGUGAGAAUCGAGUAUGACCCGAACAGAACUGCACAUAUAGCACUUAUAAAGCAUGAGGCCUCGGGAACAUUGAGUUACAUCAUUGCAUGUGAAGGAUUGCGUGCAGGAGAUGAAGUUGAAUCGUUCAGAUCAGGAAUUCCGAAACGUUUGAUCAGGGAGAUGGGUGGAAAGAUUGAUCCUGCAAUUCUCUCUGUGCGUAUUACAAGGAAGGGGAAUUGUAUGCCGAUCAGUAUGCUCCCUGUGGGAACCAUUAUCCAUAGUAUUGGAGAGCAUGAAAAUGGUCCAGCCAAAUAUUGUCGUGCAGCAGGUUCGUACGGUCGUGUGGUGUCCAAGUUGCCGGAAAAGAACAAGGCAGUGAUUCAACUUCAGAGCGGAGAACAGAGGUAUGUGUCCCUGGGAGCUUGUGCUACAUUGGGUGUUGUUUCCAAUGCGGCACAUCACAAUGAAUCUCUCGGUAAAGCCGGUAGAUCCAGGCAUAAGGGUAUUAGACCUACAGUCAGGGGUGUCGCGAUGAACAAAUGUGACCAUCCUAUGGGUGGUGGUAGAGGUAAAUCGAAGUCAAACAAGCUCUCGAUGUCCCCAUGGGGUGUGCUUGCCAAGGGUGGCUUUAAGACCAGAACUGGCAAGCAUGUUAAUAAGAAUAAGGUUAGAGACAGGCCAAGAGGUAAGGAGGCACGUGCCUGA